AUAAACCAUUAUAUCUGACACUCCACCCAAUUUCCGACUACCCGCUGAGGACAGCUGCUGAAUCGCAAUCGAGUCGAAUGCAAAUGCAAAUCGACGCCGAAUGAAUUGACAAUGACAAAGAGUAUUAAAUGUCCGCCCGCUUCUAGUUGUAACCGCGUUCUCCUUACCUAUGUGAUAUUAGCUUAUACUGUAGCAGCACACAGCUCGCCCCCGCCAUGCGGAUUGUAUGGAGCGCCGCCUUGCCAGUUCCUUCCGGCCCCUCCGGGACAGACGCCAACCUGUGCCCGGCCCGGAAAGACGUACUGCGAGCAUGCCGAUAAUUAUCCCACGUAUCUCAUAAAAAGUCUGGUCCGCAAGUGGGGCUAUGAGGCUGCCACACUUCUGGUGGACGAGACGUGGGAGGACUUUGCAGCAGUGGCGUGGCACGACACCCCGGUCUUCUACGAUCCCAAGUCCAUCUUUCCGACACGCGAUCCCAAUGGCCAGGAUUUCAAUGGCUACAACUACCAAACCCCCUUCGGAGGCACACCCCAAAGAGUAGCCGGAGGUGGUGGUGGGAACUCUUACUUUGCCAGCAGCCCAUCGACGGAGGCCCCAACGUAUCUGCUGUACACAUCCUCUGGCGGCGGAGGACAGCGCUCGGGACAGCGGUAUAAUCAUCAAGGUGGCGCCUCCACAUCCGGAGGACAGUUGUUCUUUAACCAGGGCGGCAAGUCCACUCCGUACAACGCCACGCUGUGGCUGAAGCGUUUGGUAAGGGAUCUCAGUCGCAAGGUGGACAAGCCCCAAGACCAACCGGAGGAGAAAGACGAGUCGAAGAAGGAGGUGGAGAAGCCUGAGGAGGAGGAGGAGCAUACGCUAAGCAAGCGCGAUGUCUCGCUCAACAUGGAUCUCUUGGACAUUGUGGGCGUGGACUCCCCCAAUGCCGCCCAGCCGCUGAUGAAGCGUUCACGCACCAAGCGCCAAAGUCCUGGACGCUCGACGCUCUGCCAGACCACCUCGCAGUUCAUCACUCCCCAGGCGGCGCUCAACAGUCGGGGCAACUGGAUGUUUGUGGUCAACGAGCAGAACACUGCCCGUCAGAUGGUGAAGGCGGAGCUGUGCGCCUCGAACACCUGCUCCAACCUGUGCGAACUGCCCAACGGCUACAACUCGAGAUGCGAGCAGAAGUUUGUGCAAAAACGCUUAAUUGCGCUCCAGGGCAACGGACAGAAUCUGUACACGGACACGUUCUGGUUUCCCAGUUGCUGCGUCUGCACGAUAGCCGCCAAUUAAAUGUGUCAGGAUCCGCCCAAGGACGAGCAAGGAGCUGGCGACCAAGGAGGAUGGGUGGUUUUUGCAAAAUCAUAUCUGAUAA